UGUUGCAGUUCAACAUUUUGCGUUUUGCAGAUUACAUUCGGUUUAUGGUUCAUAUUCAGUGCAAAGGGAAAAUCUAUCCAAUAAAAAUCAAUUUUAAUGUAAUCGGAUGAUUUAUCUCAUGAUUGGCGAUACUUGAAGAAAUACCAGCAAACAUGUUCGCGAAAAUUCUAUUUCGACGUACUUUUAUAAAUAUGGCGGCUUCGAUCGGACCGGAAAGGCUUGGUGCUUCGUGCAAGAAGCCAUUUACUGUUUUCAUUGAAGGAAACAUCGGUAGCGGCAAGACAACUUUCCUGAACCACUUUCAAAAGUUCCAGGACAGCGUAUGUUUACUGACGGAGCCAGUGGAGAAGUGGCGUGACUGCGGGGGAGUUAAUUUGCUGGAUCUUAUGUAUAAGGAACCGCAUCGGUGGGCGAUGCCAUUUCAAACUUAUGUGACUUUGACGAUGCUGAAUAUGCAUACCCAUCAAACGGACAAAAGCGUCAAGCUCAUGGAGCGGUCCAUGUUCAGUGCCAGAUACUGUUUCGUGGAAAAUAUGUUGGCGUCUGGUAGUUUACAUCAAGGCAUGUACAACAUCCUGCAAGAGUGGUACGAAUUCAUUCAUGCGAAUAUACACAUUCAAGCAGAUUUGAUAGUGUACCUAAGAACUAACCCGGAAAUCGUAUACGAUAGAAUGAUGAAACGUGCAAGGUCUGAAGAAAGUUGCGUACCAUUAAAGUAUCUACAGGAAUUACACGAGCUACAUGAAAAUUGGCUUAUCCAUGGAUCGUUUCCAAGAUUAGCACCGGUUCUGGUGUUGGAUGCUAAUUUAGAUUUGAAUAACAUAAGUUCGGAGUAUAAGCGAUCCGAAACCAGCAUUCUCAAACCAAUUCUUAUAGACAAUACCAACCAGCAUCCCAUCCUUGCAUCACCAAGUAAAAGAUCUAGAACUGAAUUGUAGUAUAGUAACGAUAUUUCAAUAAUUUAUUUUAAACAGUUUGCAAUUAUCUAGCCCCCAGCAUAUGCUGUUUAAGUGUACAUGUUAAAUUAUUACAGUUGUAGAAUACAACACAUACAUUCACAAACAACACACAAUAUAUAGGCCAAAGAAGCAAAAAAUUUACAGAAUGCUUAAAAAAUAGAAACAAAUUAUGUAAAAACAGAUUAUAUCACCGAAAUCAGCUUUCUAAAAUGGUAUCUCCAAAUUACAAAUAGUAACAGUUUAGUUUAUCCGAAAUCUUUCGGAUAUGGCUAUCCCAAAUUCAUAUUCUACAGUAGUAGUAACUAAACACUAUUUAUUAGUAUUACUUAACCAUAAGUCGGUACUGUGCCAACACCGUACUUGACACGGUUCCUAAUGAUGACGCAUUCGUCUAUUUUUGACCGCAUCUUGAUUUUGACGAGAUAUUUUUCAUCUAGCGCACAGGCACAUCAUGUUAGGAACCGCAUCAAAUACGGCGCUUUCACGGUAUGCAUAGUAAAACAAUUGUUGUCAAAUUGGUUUGGUAUUUUGCUUCAAUAGAUGAUAACUCUUAUUACUCCCAUUCCAAUACACCGAUGAACAAAAAUAUCAAAACAUGGAAUUACAUUGUCUAAAUGCGCUAUAUGCUAACAUAUUUCGGAUCGUAAAACAAAAUCCCUGGCCCUAAGCACUUGUAAUGUAUUUUCCUUCACAGUGUGCAAAAAUUAGAUUACCAUAAACUUAGUCGAGCUAAUAUGAAAUUAGUGUCUAUGAAUGAAUUCUUUUAUGUUUUACCCUUCUUACAAAGAAGGGUAUACAUCGUUUUUUUCAACUAUUUAGGCUUCAGUAAAAUGGCACCUGAUUUGAUCUCGGGUUGGGACCUGGAUUCCGAACUUGGAUAAUCAUAUGUUCACCCCUAUUCUGUAUUUCGUUUCGAACGAAAUUCACAUACAAAAUUUUUUUUUUUGUAUGAGAAUUUCGUUCGAAACG